AUGUCUUCGGACGCGCCAGUUUUAAAGACUUCCUUGCCAUCAAUCCACGCCGCUUCGUCGCGACAAUCUAAUAGAAGCCCACCCAAGCCACGGCCUGGAGAUUCCCGUCGCUCGCCACUAAAGGCCAAACCGAAGCAAAAGCCCUCCAACAAACCAGAGACGGACCCUCGUCAUCUUGCAAUAGCCCUACACCAUGCGCAUCGUAUUCAAGCACAGAAAGACGCCCAGGAUCUAAUCCUAGAUCGUAUCCUUGAACUCGUCGCCCUUCCGACCUCCCCGUCUGCGGACCCUGCCUCUCCGUCCGCCGAGGACACAUACAAGUUCAAAUCCGCGCUCGUACCUUUUCAGCCCGCCGAUUACGAUAAUCUUAUACAAGAGAGGAAUAUCGAAGGCCUAUGUGGCUAUGGUCUGUGUCCUCGCGAACACCGAAAGGAGGACUCUAGGGGUACCUUUCGGAUAACCUGGGGCGCGAGGGGCAGCGGUCCCGGUGGCCGUGGAAGGGAGAUGAACAUUGUCCCGCGGGAGCAAUAUGAGAUGUGGUGCGCGGAUGCUUGCGCUGAGAGAGCCAUGUAUAUCCGUGUUCAAUUAGCGGCAGAGCCCGUGUGGGAGAGACGGAGUGAUGAUCUACGAGGCAAAGAGCUUCUUCUACUUGAAGAGGGUAGGUCCUCCGGAAAGGGUAAGAGUGCGGUCAGAGACCCAGCUUCAGUCAAGGAGGUUCUUGGUCAAUUGGAUAAUCUGCAUAUGGACACUACCCCUGAACCGAGCGCAGUCGCAGACGACAUUUCGCGGCUCACCGUUCAAGACGAUGAUGAUGCUCACUCGCGGGAGCUGGCAAUGGAACGCGGUGAUCGAAAUCCAGCUUUCCAGAGUGGCAGGGUGGAUGUACAGAUUCAAGAGAAGUCCAGCUCUGGGAGGACAGUCACGGCGCCACAGUUGCGACCUGGCGAUGAGAAGGGUGGCUCCAUUGAAGGUUAUGUUCCAGAAGAUUCGUGAUGUUAUACUUUUCUACUCGAGGCGUUCUACGGAGGGGAUACCCAGAUGUUAUUCAGGCAUUGCAUAGUUACACACUCACCUUGGUCAUGACCAUGUAGACAGUGCCAUGGCUGAUUCUGUGCGCCAUAAACCUUGUUCGCAGAACCAACCCCUAC